GCAGCGGCAGCGGCGCCGAGCGAGCGAGCGGAGGAACCGGAGCCCGGACGGGCAGUUUGGAGGAGCCCACGUGAAGAAGGCCCCGCUUGCCUCCCGCCGCCCUCGCCUUCGCCCUCCUCACCGGCGUCAUGGCUCCCACUCUGGCCACAGCCCACAGGCGGCGCUGGUGGAUGGCCUGCACGGCCGUGGUGGAAAACCUCUUCUUCUCUGCCGUCCUCCUGGGCUGGGGCUCCCUCCUCAUCAUGCUCAAGUCCGAGGGGUUCUACUCCUACUUGUGCCCCCCGCCAGAGAACUCCACCAGCUCGGCGCACACCAGUCCUGCCAACUCCUCCCUGGCGAUGGGCAACCGGACGGUGGCGGCGGCCUUGGCGGCCCCGGAGCCUGAGGUGCGCAUGAACGGCUGGCUGAUCUGCAAGGAGCAGGACGAGAUGCUGAACCUAGCCUUCACCGUGGGCUCCUUCCUGCUCAGCGCCAUCACCCUGCCCCUGGGCAUCGUCAUGGACAAGUACGGCCCCCGCAAGCUGCGGCUGCUAGGAAGCGCCUGUUUCUCUGUCUCCUGUGUCAUGAUCGCCUAUGGAGCCAGCAACCCGGACUCUCUGUCGGUGCUGAUCUUCAUCUCCCUGGCGCUGAACGGCUUUGGGGGGAUGUGCAUGACCUUUACUUCGCUCACGCUGCCCAACAUGUUUGGCGACCUUCGCUCCACCUUCAUUGCCCUCAUGAUUGGCUCUUACGCCUCGUCGGCUGUGACCUUCCCAGGAGUCAAGGUGAUCUAUGAUUUUGGCGUCUCCUUCAUCCUCAUCCUGGUUGUCUGGGCCUCCUGUGCAGGUCUUGUCUUCUUCAACUGCUUCGUCAACUGGCCCCUUGAGCCCUUCCCAGGCCCAGAAGACAUGGACUACACGGUGAAGAUCAAGUUCAGCUGGCUGGGAUUCGACCACAAGAUCACCGGGAAGCAGUUCUACAAGCAGGUGACGACGGUGGGACGACGCCUGAGUGUGGGCGGCUCCAUGAAGAACCCAAAGGAGGCGGCCGCCCUGCAGGAGAGCAAGAACCUAUGCCUCUCCACCGUGGACCUGGAAGUCAAGUGCGAGGCAGACAGCGCAGCCUCCCCGUCCUUCAUGCACAGCGUCUUCAGCCCCAUCCUGCUGCUCAGCCUGGUCACCAUGUGCGUCACGCAGCUGAGGCUCAUUUUCUACAUGGGCGCCAUGAACAACAUCCUGGAGUUCCUGGUGGACGGGGAUCUUCAGACAGUGGACCUGUACACCACCAUCUUCGGAGUCCUGCAGCUCCUCUGCCUGAUGACGGCCCCCGUCAUCGGAUACAUCAUGGACUGGAAGCUCAAGGAGUGUGAGGAUGGCGCUGCGGAGGAGGCGGACGAGGGGAGCACCCCCAGCCAGGGCAGCAAGAAGAAGCGUCGAGACAGGCAGAUCCAGAAGGUGGAGAACGCCACCCGUGCUUUCGCUUUUACCAAUCUGCUGCUGGUGGGCUUUGGGAUCACCUGCCUCAUUCCCAACCUGCCUUUACAAAUCCUCUCCUUCAUCUUGCACACCGUCGUGAGAGGGUUCAUCCAUUCUGCCGUAGGCGGCCUCUACGCAGCCGUGUACCCCUCCACGCAAUUUGGCAGCUUGACAGGGCUGCAGUCUCUGGUCAGUGCCCUCUUUGCCCUCCUGCAGCAGCCCCUCUUCCUGGCCAUGAUGGGGCCCUUGGAAGGAGACCCUCUCUGGGUCAACGUGGGGCUCCUGGGGGCGAGCAUGAUGGGCUUCUGCCUCCCGCUCUACCUGAUCUUCUUCCGCCGGCGGCUGGAGCGCGAGAAGCGGCAGAAGAGCGAAGACGCCAAGCUCUUCCUCAAGAUCAACGGCACACCGAGCCAGGAGGCCUUCGUCUAG